AUGGACGGGAAGACCCGCGCCGGGGUCGCGCUGGUCCCGGGGCCGAGCGGCCACGGGCCUUCCGCCCGCCGCUGCCGCCGCCCGGGGCUGCUGCUCCCCGGCCUCUGGCUGCUGCUGCUGGCCCGGCCGGCCUCGUGCGCCCCAGAUGAGCACAACCUCCCUUCGCCCUCCGCGGAGCUCCCGCUGCAGCGGAGCAACGCGCACAGCACCGCACACGUGGCCUUAACAGAAACUGCCCCGGGGCCCCAGCCCAGCCGCUCUCCCCGUGUCCCACCUUCCCCACCUGCCACGACUUUUGAUAUAGCCUUUUUAAGCCAAGGACAGCUGACCCAAAGUACAACAGAUCGCAGCAUCUUUGUGGCCAAUUCCGUGUCAGUGAUAAGCAAUGAGUUGGGCCUAGAGGAGGAUGAAAUGGAUAACUUCUUGCCAGAAACUCAGUGGACCACCUCCCGCGUGGUUUCCCCGAUGCAGGACAUCACCGCCAGCCCACCGGGGCUGCCCAAAGAAACACCAGGCUCCGCACUGACUCCAUCAUUACCCGUGAUUUCUUCACAAGACGAAGAAGCGGCGUCAGCCUGGCAAGACGCCGUACGACCGCCAGCCACGUGUGCUGACUCCCCCGGUCAUUUCAGUGCUUGUCGGUCAACUUUUCUCCCUGCCGAGAGCAUAAUUCCAACUCCUAGCAGGCAUUUGGUGCUUUCUCCUACAGACCCUCAUGGGCACUUGUCAAGCAGGACUUUGCUGGGGACCGCGGCCUCAGGAAUAGAGGGCAUAGCAACCCUUCUUUUCGGCUCAGCGUCUUCGGUGUCUCAGCCGUUAGGCGAUGGCGUCACCCAUCAGCCAUUUCCCACCUCGGGGAAGGUCUCAGCGUCUCCAGGGGAUGUUCCAGCCACAGGUGUGGACAGGUACCCCGAAGUGACCACCGCUUUGAGUCAGAGUCUAAAAGAAACCAUCUCUCCAAGAACAUCUCCCACUGCAACUAUGUCCCAGACAGCCGUUGCUUUUGGAAGCGGCAGCAUCCGUUCAGCUUUGUCCUCAGUUCUCCCUGCGUCUGUGUCCUUUGCUCCUCAGUCAGCUGAUGUUUCACAUAACCCCCUUCUUCCCCGCAACUCCAGUGCUGCACCAGAAUUGCCUGGCAGUUCAGCGGUCCCAGGUCACGCGGGUGACACCCACGUCUGGAGCCCAGCGUCUUCACUCAGACCGUACACACGGUGCGUGUCCUGCACCAUGGCAUCGCCGUGGCACGCUCCGCCACCAAGCCUCAUGGAGAAAGACGUGGGAUCGGGGGACGGUGCUGAGACCGCGACCGUAUGGGAAGCGAGCAGCGUCUCUCCGCUGAGCAGCACAGCAGUGGACUUCUCUGAGUAUGAGGACGAGCCUCAAGAAUAUAAUACACUUUUCCCCUCGAGACCAAUAGUCCCACUUUCUUCUCCAUCGGUGGAAAUCUCCAAAACAAGCAUUGGUCUUUCGGCCGAGGUGGCCACAAGUAGUGUCAUGACUGUGCCAGUGUCUCCUUCCCACGGCCACCUCUCCCUGCCAGUGUCGCUUGACACCGCUUCCUUUGGCUCCUCCUCUGUUGCUGAAACUCAAGUAACGCCGCCCAGUGUGACAGCCGUGUUUCCCUCGGUCACCACCAGCGCCCUCCUUGACUCGUCCUUGUCCUUCUCUAUUACAGCAAAUGUGAACACGCCCUCGCUGGCUCCCCGGGACCCAGCUCUCUCCUCCUCUUACGCGUUGGAUCCCUCCGUCGAGGCUCCGUUUUUCCCUGACCGAGAGCCUGCCAGCGUUUCCCUCCGUGACGCUGGAAGUACGUCGGAGUUUGCAUCCGGCUUUUUCUCAACGCCACCCCUGGAGGUCAGCAGCUGGGCUCCUUCGCCUUCGGGAGCCCUUGCUUCUCCGCCUCCGAUGACAAGCGAUCUGCCAGGCUUGCUUUCCUGGGCCUUUUCGACUGUGGUCGAGACAUUCACGUUGUCCGACUCGAUCCAUUUGCAGCCACCUCAGUUUUCUGCUCCUAAUUCCACGAACCUGGAAUUUCCUCAGCUCUGGCCAAGUUCGGACCUUCUUUUCAAUGCAUCCACUUUUCUACCUAGUGACUCUGAAAUGUCGCUUCUGUCAAGCGUCCACUCGGAGUCCCUCAAGUUCUCAGAAGCAUCAGCAGUUUCGCCGACAGGUUCUGAAGCUCAUUUUACCUCGGCCACCACUGCAACUACCUCCGAUUUUGAGUUUCCACUCACGUCCCACGAACCUGCAGCCCCAACCUUGGUGCCCUCCCGUUCGGAGCCCACCUUUGACAUGUGGACUCCGGGACCUCACUUAACAUCACUUCUGACUGCUUUCCAUACAACACCCCCUUUAACGGGAUCAUCUCUCUUUUCGACUCCGUCGCCUUUUGAUGGUGAUACCAGUGCUAUGGCUGAUCACACGUCUGUCUCAUCCUCUUUCUCCAGGGUCAUUCCCACCAGCACAGUAUUGGUCACCGCCGAGUCCCCAUCAUCAGCGUCCUCGCUUGUGUCUGAAGCGGUCCCCUCACCUGUACCUACGGAGCCUAGGUCCGUGGGCCCGUCUUCCACCCCCACGGAGUCGGCGAUGAACACCUCCGCUGUCCCGGGCACACCCAACACCAGUGCUACCCGUGACAGCGCUGUGGGCACCGUCCUGAUCAGCAGCCCUGAGAGUCACAAUCCCCACGAGAGCAGCGCGGCUCUUCCCUCGCCGUCCCUUCGCCCCGUGUCCACCUCCGCUCCUGAAGCCACUACUCCAGCAGUGCUCGCCACCAAGCCGCCCUACGUGUGCGAUGUCACAGUUCCUGACGCCUACUUGAUCACAACUGUGCUGGCCAGGAGGGCUGUGCAGGAGUACAUCAUUACGUCCAUCAAGGAGGUGCUGAGGGUUCACUUCAACCGCGCCGUGGAGCUCAAGGUUUAUGAACUGUUCGCUGACUUCACUUUUCUGGUGACGUCUGGCCCCUUCGUGUACACGGCAAUAUCCGUCAUAAAUGUGCUCAUAAAUAGCAAGCUUGUGCGGGACCAGACGCCUUUGAUCCUGGCAGUGAGGCCUUUCUUCCUUGUGCCGGAGACCAGGUUCCAAGUGCAGACGGUCCUUCAGUUUGUGCCUCAGAGCGUGGAUACUGGCUUCUGCAACUUCACCCAGCGCGUCGAGAAAGGCCUGAGGACAGCCCUCUCCGAAGUGAGAAAACACCACCAGGGCACGUACAACCUCACGGUGCAGAUCUUGAACGUCACUGUGGGUUCCUCGAGGGUGGCUGCUCGCCGGGGCCCGGUGAACAUCGUCUUUGCUGUUAGGAGCACGCAGGGGUUUUGGAACGGGACACAAGUGAGCGAGCUGCUCAGGAACCUGAGCGUGGUGGAGUUCAGCUUCUACCUGGGGUACCCGGUGCUCCAGAUCGCCGAGCCCUUCCAGUACCCGCAGCUCAACCUGUCUCAGCUGUUGAAGUCGUCUUGGGUAAGAACAGUCCUCCUGGGCGUUGUUGAGAAGCAGCUUCAGAAUGAAGUGUUUCAGGCUGAGAUGGAGCGCAAACUGGCCCAGCUGCUGAGUGAGGUUUCCAGCAGAAGGCGGAUGUGGAGAAGGGCCACCGUCGCCGCCGGCAACAGCGUGGUGCAGGUGGUAAAUGUGUCAAGGCUGGAGGGAGAGGACAACCCUGUGCAGCUCAUCUACUUCGUGGAAGAUCAGGAUGGAGAAAGACUCAGUGCUGUCAAGUCUUCAGAUCUGAUUAACAAGAUAGAUAUCCAGAGAGCGGCUAUUAUUCUCGGUUACCGAAUUCAAGGCGCUGUAGCCCAACCCGUGGACAGGGUGAAGAGGCCGUCGCCUGAGUCCCAGAGCAGCAACCUGUGGGUCAUCGUUGGCGUGGUCAUUCCCGUGCUGGUGGUGAUGGUGAUUGUGGUCAUCCUCUACUGGAAACUCUGCCGCACAGACAAGCUGGACUUCCAGCCCGACACCGUGGCCAACAUUCAGCAGCGUCAGAAGUUGCAGAUCCCCAGUGUGAAGGGCUUCGAUUUUGCCAAGCAGCACCUGGGUCAGCACAAUAAAGACGACAUACUGAUCAUUCACGAGCCAGCCCCACUGCCAGGACCUGGGAAGGACCACACCACGCCCUCUGAAAAUGGAGAUGUCCCCAGCCCCAAGGCCAAGGUCCCUUCCAGGAAUGUGCGCCACCGAGGAAGAGUUUCGCCCUCAGAUGCCGACUCUACCGUAAGUGAAGAGUCCAGUGAGAGGGAAGCAGGAGAUAAGGCACCAGGAGCAGUGAAUGACGGCAAGUCCCAGAGGGCCCCGUGGGGUGGGCCACCGCCGCCCAGCUCAGGGAACGAGCAGCACUCUUCUGCCUCCAUCUUUGAGCAUGUGGACAGGAUCUCCCGCUCCUCAGAGGCCAGUCGGCGGGUCCCCAGCAAGAUCCAGCUGAUCGCCAUGCAGCCGAUCCCCGCGCCUCCAGUUCACCACCCCGUACUGGCCGACCGCGUGGCAGAAACCAACAAAAUUAACAAAGAGAUUCAGACGGCGCUGCGGCACAAGUCCGAGAUCGAGCACCACCGGAACAAGAUCCGGCUCCGCGCCAAGCGCCGCGGCCACUACGAGUUCCCGGUGGUGGACGACCUGUCCUCGGGGGACACGCGGGAGCGACACCGGGUGUACCGCAGGGCGCAGAUGCAGAUCGACAAGAUCUUGGACCCCACGGCCAGCGUGCCCUCGGUCUUCAUAGAGCCCAGGAAGAGCUCGCGGAUCAAACGUUCUCCGAAGCCACGCCGGAAACAGCAGGUCAACGGCUGCCCAGGAGAUGCUGAGAAGGACCGACUCAUCACCACAGACAGUGACGGCACUUACAAAAGGCCCCCCGGCGUCCACAACUCUGCCUACAUUGGUUGCCCGUCCGACCCCGACCUCCCGGCAGAUGCGCAGACGCCGUCUUCUGCUGAGCUGGGCCGCUACCCAGGCCUGCCCUUCCCGGCGCCCCAGUACGUCCUGCCGCAGCCGUCCAUCGAGGAGGCGCGCCAGACCAUGCACUCCCUCCUGGACGACGCUUUUGCCCUGGUGGCCCCCAGCGGCCAGCCCGCCAGCGCUGCGGCGGCAGGCCCCGGCGUCCCGGCCGGCCUGCCCGUGAACAGCACCCCUUCCCGGGAAGAGAGACGAGCCACCCAGUGGGGGUCCUUCUACAGCCCAGCUCAGACGGCCAACAACCCCUGCGGCAGCAGAUACGAAGACUACGGAAUGGCGCCCCCUCCAGGCCCACUGCCAAGACCCGGUUUUGGCCCCAGUUUGCUGCAGUCUUCGGAGCUGGUGCCUCCCGAGCCCCAGCAGCCCCUGGCAUCGGCUGAAGCCCCGUUUGCUGCCCGAGGGAUCUACUCUGAGGACAUGCCGUCGGUGGCUCGGCCUCGGCCUGUCGGGGGCACCACAGGCUCCCAGAUCCAGCACCUGACGCAGGUGGGCAUUGCGAGCAGAAUCGGGGCCCAGCCCGUGGAAAUCCCACCAAGCAGAGGCGGCCAGUACGGGGGGCAAGGCUGGCCUUCGUACGGGGAGGACGAGGCGGGCCGAAGAGAGGCCACACACGUGCUCGGACAUCAGGAGUAUUCUUCUUCACCGCUGUUCCAGGUGCCAAGGACUUCAGGCAGGGAGCCCUCGGCGCCGCCCGGGAGCGCCCCGCACAGGGGGCUGCAGAGCGCCGGGCUGGCCUACGCCACCAGCUCCACGGAGGACCUGCAGCCCAGCCACUCCUCGGCCUCGCUCAUCAAGGCGAUCCGCGAGGAGCUCCUGCGGCUCUCCCAAAAACAGACCGCCGUGCACAACUUCCACAGCUGAUGGGCCUCGCCUUGUACCUUUGCCAAGUAUCCGCUUCCCGUGGAAGCAAGACUCACAGGAAACCAGCCGCGGGGCUGUCUGCGCGAGGACCGGGGCCCCGCGGAAGGGAGCAAGUUGCAAUCUGAGAAGAUGCCAUGAGUCACGCGGCAGCUCACGGAGCUUGUAAUGGGUUGGCGGUGUCGCGACCGCUUGGGUUCAGUCGAGAUUUCUGUACUUUUUGGCCAAAAGCCAGCAGCACUUCCCGAAAGACCAACCACAAACCGCAGCUAACAGAAUUCCUGCGUUAGUCUCCUUUCUCGCGGCAAAAGAUGGAA